GCAAAUACAGAGUGGCGUACCAGUACUACUGGAUACGUUUCCUUCCUGGCUUCAUGCAGCCAAUGGUUGCAGGUGCUCUGUAGCGUUAUUGCUCGGUUUAGAAGGGAAUGUCAGUUGAUAGCAGAAAAUGUUAAGAUUUUUGUUAGAAGGCACUAAUGGCCUGCAGCGGUUCUCCGGACUGCGCCAGCUUGCCGCAGGAUGCAGUCGUGUUGGAUCGGGGCGAUUGCCGGCCAGUCGCUGCCUGGGCUCUGUGCGUUUGUGCGGCGGGGUCGCGUCCGCAGUCUUCUCAAGACGCCAAGGGGCUGUGCUGGGAGCAGUAGGAAGGUCACUCGUUAGCAAUCGCGGAGUGGAAGAGGUGUCUUUGAAGUACCAGAAACGUUUGCACUCCACCAUCACUGCUGCAAAACCAGCUGAUGAAGGAACACUUAUAUAUACUGGAAAUCUUGCAAAAGCUGUGCUAGGGGUGAAAUUCUUUUCCUACUCCACCACCAUGUUCAGCCUGUGCGUGAUGCCUUACGUCUUCCUGAAAACGGGCACCGGAGUUCAGGGUCUGGCUUUGCAAGUGGCAUUUUGCAGCAUCGUGGGCGUCUUCACUUUUUUAACGCCCGUCCUGUUGCACUUGAUCACCAGAGGCUAUGUGGUGCGCUUGUACCACAACGCGGACACUGACACCUACACCGCCGUCACCUACAGCGCCCUCCUCCUUGAGAAGAAGACUGUGUUCCACCAGCAGGAGGUGAAGAUUCCCAGUGUGAGCAGGAUGUUCACAUCCUUCUAUGCCAAUCAGAAGUCACUGCUGGUGAAUCCUAUGAGUUUCCCAUUACCACAUGACUACAACCACCUAAUGGGUUAUGACAAGCCCUUUAUGUUUGACAUGGAUGAGCUACCUGACCAGGAUAAAGGAAAACAGAGUUGAGAGAUAAUAAAAGUGUAACGAGGGAGAGUUAUUUUUUUAAAGACUGCAAUACAUUGCAAUACAUACAUUUUUUCUUCUCGCUUUACGAAAGAUGCCAAAGUAUGUUCAGUUUGGAGCUCUUGUGUUGCGGUCUCUGGAGUGAAGGUUUGAGCCAGACGUCUCUGGUUCUCGGGUUUAUUUAGGAAGUUGUUCUGUGGGUUUGUUUACCCUUUUUUGAACGAAAAAAAAAUCUUAUGACUGGGUCAUAUCAACCAUGUUUUAUUCUGAUUUCAGAGGUAAAAUAUCAUUUUUUUAAAAGAGCAAAGAGAAGAUUGCACAUUGAUUACUUAGUAUUAGAAAAAAAAUAAAUUUAAGCAGCAGCUUGCACCUUAAAUGCAAUUUAAGUGCAGCUGGUAAAGCAGGAUUUUUAUCUUUAAAUGAAAAAUGACCUCACCCAUUACUUUGGCCUGUAAUGAAAGGCGGUGUACUUGUCCCUCUCCUUUCAAAGUACUGUAUUUACUUUGUACAUGUAACAUACCUGAAAUGACCAAUUAAUGUGUGAACUAAUAAAACUGAUAAUUCCUAGUUGUCAA